CAUCAUCGUCCCAAUCCUUUUCGGGCUUUUGUUUCUUCCUUGUUUUCCCCAAAUCUUAAAAACAAAAAACAUCCAUUGAUCAUCAUAUCCCACACUCAGCUGGAACAAAAGUCCCAAUUUUUGUUUUGUUAAUCCUUGCAAUAUAUUAUUUCUUCCUUCAAUUUUCAGAGAUGAAUAACAUGCGUAUAUGCACAUAUAUGCAUAUAUGUACAUACAUUACAUUUAUAUUGUUAGAUACGGAGUAAUAUAUUAGGAAAUAUUGUAUACUUGUAUAGUUUCUGAUAUAUUAUCUUUACAAUUAUAUUCCAAUUCUCCAUCUCCAUUUCGUCCUCCAUUGGUAACAAUCGAAAAGACGGAAUCAGGAGCAUGAAUUCAAAGGAAUUGUAACGCUGCGUGAUCUGGGUUCUUUGAAUUCAGAAGGUCAAACAUGUCAAUUCAUCAGGGCAGUGCAGAUGGCAAAAAUGUCUCAGGCUCCUGCCUCUAUGAACUUCUACAGUUGGAAGUCAGUCCAAGUUUUCACCGUCAGCUAGAAAUGCGCGACCGUUCUUUAAGUCCCCGGCUUAGAUUGCAGGCUUUGAUGAAAGAGCCCGGAAACAAAUAUUGUGCAGAUUGUGGAUCUCCAGAUCCCAAAUGGGUGUCGGUGAGUCUUGGCGUGGCUAUAUGUAUCAAGUGCUCCGGUGUACAUAGAAGCCUUGGGGUCCACAUAUCAAAGGUUUUAUCAGUGAGCCUUGAUGAAUGGACAGAUGAGUUAGUUGAUUCUCUUGUGGAAAUGGGCGGAAACGCCAUUGCAAACUUGAAGUACGAAGCUGCCCUUCCAGAUAACUAUAAAAAGCCAAGGCCAGACUCGUCCAAUGAAGAACGCACUGACUUUAUAAGGAGAAAAUAUGAGCUGCAACAAUUUUUGAACUACGACAUAGAGAUGAUAUGCCCUUUUGCAUCAUCAGCUUCGUCUUACUGUGAUUCAAUAGCCUAUUAUUCAAGCAGCGCAACCCCAGAGAGGAAAUUCCAUUUUGAGAAGACGCCGAGUGGUCAUAAGAGCCACGGUAGUGGAUUCAAGCAUGCUUUUCGCCACAGUCGGAGGAGGAAAGAAUCUGAACACCACCAGAAGAGUAGUAGGAAAAGUAGCUCUAUGGCGGGUAUGGUCGAGUUCAUCGGGCUCGUCUCUGUCAAUGUUGUCCGUGGGACCCACCUCGCCGUUCGGGAUGUAGUAACCAGUGACCCUUAUGUUAUUCUGUCGUUGGGGACUCAGUCGGUGAAGACACGGGUGAUAAAAAACAAUCUAAACCCGGUGUGGAAUGAGAAGCUCAUGCUGUCAAUCCCAGACAACAUUCCUCCUCUAAAAGUGCUAGUGUACGACAAGGACACGUUCACGACGGACGAUUUCAUGGGGGACGCCGAAAUCGACAUCCAACCACUCGUGGUGGCUGCAAAGGCAUCGGAGAGCUCAUCAUCAUCAUCAGGAGGGCUCGACGAGGCCACUGACCUAGGGAAAUGGGAGGCGAGCAAGGAGAACACGUUGUUAAAAGACAGCAUUAUAAAGCUUGUGGAGGGGAAGGUGAAACAAGACAUAUCUAUAAGGCUGCAGAAUGUUGAGAGGGGUGUGCUCGAGAUCGAGCUCGAAUGCGUUCCCCUCACCCAAUAGAAAUCCUCCCCGCCUUUUUUGUCUCGAAUGUAAAGUUUGAUGGAAAAAAGUUUAUUUUUUCAAUGCUUGAAAUGGAAUUUCUCAACAGGGUUCAGAUUUCAUAUUCUUUUUGUAAACAAUACUUGUAGCUGAUGAAGAAACCAUCUUUGUUGCU